CCAACCACCAAAAACCCUAUUCUCAAAUCACAAAGCAUAUGGCCAACUUCAAACAACAACAACAACAACCUCCGACUCUCUCCAAACAACGUUCAUGGUCACCCGACAUCAACCGCGACAUUGAGUGGCAGAAGCUCAAGAACAACCAACGACGUCGUUUCCGUCACCGCCGUAGUCAGAGCAUAGGCGUUGAUAUUAAAGUUGAUGUUACUGAUGAAGAUGUGAAGGAACUGAAAGCGUGCUUUGAUUUGGGUUUUGGGUUUGAUCUUUCUGCUGAUUUGGAUCCGAAACUUGCCUCGGCUUUUCCUGCUCUUGAGUUUUAUGCUGCGGUUAAUCGUCGUUAUAAUGGCGGGAUGCUGUCGAGAUCUUCUUCGCUAAGUUCUGAUUCGUCGUUGAGCUCGUUGGGUUCUACCACUGCUGCCAUCGUCGAUCUAGGUGAUGAUCCGAAGAAGGUGAAGAUGAAAUUGAAACAAUGGGCGCAACUGGUGUCUUGCUCAGUUCUAGAAGCUUCUUCUCAGUCAGUGAAUAACAAAAAUGUUGCAGAAUAGAAAGUUAUGAUUUAGGUACAAUUUCAUGAAGAAGAGAAUGUAGAUAUUUAUUUAAUGGUUUAAAAAAGGACUUCAAGAAAAGAAGCAUUGACCACCAUAUUUAGUUUAAUCUGGUAGAAGAAUAUUAAUCCCAAAACUUUCAAUGAUUGAAUAAAUUAUUGUUAUUUUGAUGGUAUAGAAAUCAUCAAAUAGUGGCAAAACUAUGUAUUCCUUAUGAUAUGAUGUUGAUCGAUGUCAUAUGAGAUUUUUAUAAAUAUGUUUAUUUUUUUUAUUAC